UUGCAGCUGGAAACUCCAUUGCCCUUGUAUAUUGCAUGCACUACUUGUGAUUUGUUUUGGGGAUAAUACAUUGUAUUCUAUCUGAAUGAAGCUAAUUACACAAGUACCAUUGGCAAGAGUAAAGCAUCAACAUUCUUUAAACUGACAGAAAUAAACAAUGUCUAAGAACACAGAAAUACUUAAUUUGUCUCAUUUGCUGGAUCAAGAACGGGACACGAUAUUGGCUGUGCUGAAAAGAGAUGAAAACCUGAAGAAAAUAGAGGACAAAAGAGUACGCAAAUUGAAAAAUGAACUCCUGGAAGUCAAAAAGAAGGGGGCCAAAAUUAGCAGGUUACGCCAGCACAAUGCCAAAAUCUGUGUUCGCUGUCAGAAGAAGCUAGGGUUCAUCUUUGACCGUGGAAACUUAUGCCAAGCCUGCCAAUUUCGUGUGUGCAAUACAUGUCGCAUUGUGGUGAAGGAAGGCAUCUGGAGGUGCAAAGUGUGCGCCAAAAUUGCGCAGAUAAGGAUAGCAACGGGGGACUGGUUUUUUGAAGAACGAUCCAAGCGUUUCAAAGGUUCCACUGUGCUAGGAACCGAAGUGGUCAGGAAAUCUAUUAUGAGAAAGUCUACAGCACCCACUAGGAUAGAGGAAGAAUCUGAAGAGAUUGGAAAGGAUCUAAAAGAAAAUUCUGCACCUGCAACUUCUGAAGCAGUAGAGGGCUAUGCAAAACGCAUCCCCGACAAAAAAUCUGCAAAAGGUGAAGAUAGCAAAAGCAUCCGUUCCAAUUAUGACACCCAGAGCCUGAGAAGUACUCGAUCAAUGCCUCGUUCCGAUGGCCUUGAUAAAAGACCUGGGAAACCGACAAGAAGUGGAGAGGAUGCAAUAAGCAUUCACUCAAAUCAUGACACCCAGAGCUUAAGAAGUGUAACAUCGAUCCCGCGCUCUGAAAGGAGGUCCAAAAUAGAUAUCCGCACUCUCCCAGAAGCUUCUCAGGCAGAUUACCUUCAAAGUGGCCAGGACACCGGUGAUGGAAUUAGUCAAGCAAGCGUUAAAAUGGACUCUCGAUCUGAAUCCAAGCGUAGUUCACCAGUUUCUGUUAUUGGAAGUGUCCAUUCUUUGGGUGCUGCCAGUAUCAAUUCAGCACAAACUGGCAAUCGAAGCAAUGGCUAUAAGACCAACACAAAUGUGGGCGUGCACCAAGGUUCACCAACACCAAGCAAACGCAGCAUAUCUUCAAACUACAGCCAUAUAGGUUCAAUAGCAAGUGGAAUAAGAGCUAGUUCUAGCAUACCUGAGGAUAUGGCAAAGGGGCAUAGAAGACAGAAUUCUGGCACACCUUCUCUAACUUUGUCUAGGGUGUCUGUAGCGUCAGAUCGCAGUCGGUCAGAACUGGAUCUCAGUGGACAUUAUGCAGAGGGAAAAGAAGAAACAGGAAGCAUUAAAAGUAAAUCUAUAUCCGUCCCUGGGGGUCUGAACUCAGAUCUGGAAUAUUUGGAUGAAAAUGAAGAGGAUUUUGCUGCCACAAAUGCACACAAAGCAAAUACUCUUAGUGCAUAUUCCAUGAAUGCUCCAUCAGUCUCUGACAAGAAGUGGACCCACUUAAGUGUCCCUGAUGCUGAUGCAGAUACUACAAGUCUUAAUAGCAUGACAAGUGUCUACAGUGAAGGUUGGGACUAUGAUAGCGCGAAAGUCUCUGGAGAGCUUAUACUCAAUCUUAGUUACAGCUAUAAAACUGGCGCUUUGAAUGUUCUGGUGAAGAGCUGUAAAAAUCUAGCAACUGCUGACGAGAAGAAGAAUAGAACAGACCCGUAUGUUAAAUCAUAUCUGCUUCCUGACAAGUCACGGCAAAGUAAGAGGAAGACAAAAAUUAAGACUAAUACAACUAAUCCAGAGUUCAAUGAAGUUCUAAAGUAUGUAAUUAGUCAUACCCAACUGGAAACCAGAACUCUGCAGUUAUCUGUGUGCCAUAAUGAUCGGUUUGGGCGUAACAGCUUUUUAGGAGAAGUAAAUAUUCCUCUGGACACACGGAACUUUGAAAAUCAAGAAGAUGAGUCCUUUACACUGCAAGCCAAGAUGGAUAUGGCAUCUGAUGUGACCCUGCAGUAUAAAGGAGAAAUAACAGUCGGGUUACGCUACAUUCCUCCUGAGAAAAACCUGACUCUUCCAUUGGAACCAGUGUCAAUGGGAAAGAAAAGUUUUAGGAAGUCAAAGAAAAUCCCAAUGCCAACCGGAGGAAUACUAGAAGUACUAAUAAAAGAAGCCAAAAAUCUAACUGCAGUGAAGUCUGGGGGGACUUCAGACCCAUUUGUCAAAGGAUACCUAUUACCUGAUAACAACAAAUCCACAAAGCACAAAACAUCUAUCAUUAAAAAGUCAGUGAAUCCUCAAUGGAACCACACUUUCUCCUUUACAAGUCUAGAGCCCAGUGACUUGCAGAACAUUUCUCUGGAGCUGACAGUAUGGGAUAAGGAAUCCUUGACAAGCAAUGUUUUUCUGGGUGGAGUAUGUCUGAGUUGUGGUAGUGGUAUAAGUUAUGGAAAUGAAGUUGACUGGAUGGACGCCCAAGGUGAAGAACAGUAUCUGUGGCAAAAAAUGAUGGACAGCCCUGGAACAUCGGUCGAAGGAACCCUAAUGCUAAGAUCCACUAAGAAAAGACACAAGAAGGGAACUCAGAAGUCCUAAACCGGUCAAGACUUUGUGAUAUUAAUAGUAGACUGUUUCACCUGGAUUCCUUUGCUUGGCAUUUCAGAGUUGCUUCUUAUGAACGGACUUCACUCUGGCCAUAACUUUUAUUACUGUAAUGAAAGGGUUGCUACUGCA